CGCGCCCGGGGGCUCCCCUUGUGUGUGUGUGUGUGUGUGUGUGUGUGUGCGUGCGUGUGUGUGUGUGUGCGUGUGUGUGUGCGGGGCCGGAGCGGGGCCGGCCGGCGCCAUGGAGGAGCUGAGCAGCGUGGGAGAGCAGGUCUUCGCCGCCGAGUGCAUCCUCAGCAAGCGGCUCCGCAAGGGCAAGCUGGAGUACCUGGUCAAGUGGCGGGGCUGGUCCUCCAAGCACAACAGCUGGGAACCCGAGGAGAACAUCCUUGAUCCAAGGCUCCUCCUCGCUUUCCAAAAGAAGGAACAUGAGAAAGAAGUGCAGAACCGCAAGAGAGGCAAGCGGCCACGGGGCAGACCCAGGAAACACGUGGAACCAGAGAUGCCUUCGAAAAGUAAGUCGAGCAGCUCCUCUUCCUCAACGUCUUCCUCCUCCUCCUCCUCUGAUGAAGAGGAUGAAAGUGACCUGGAAGCAAAGAGAGGUCCCCGCAGCAGAGAGACCCACCCGGUGCCGCAGAAAAAAGCUCAAAUCCUGGUGGCAAAGCCAGAAAUGAAGGACAGUUCCAGAAAGAAACGUGGGCGGAAACCUCUCCCCCCAGAGCAGAAAGCAGCUCGAAGGACCGUGAACCUGACAAAGGUGCUGAAGACAUCCCGGAAAGAGGUGGGGGGCAGCAGCAAGCUGCUGGGCAAGCUGCAGCCGCAGCACGGCACACAGGGCACGGGGCUGGCUGGGCUGAAGGAGCCACCGGGUGCAUUGGCCGGGCUCAGCUCCGGGGGAUCCUCGGCAGAAAACAUCCCCAGUGCGAUGAAAAGCGGCUCCAGCAGCCCCAGCCGGGCCAUCAGCUGGCAGAGCUCCAUCGUGCAUUACAUGAACAGGAUGUCUCAAAACCAGAGCUCGGCCGAGACCUCGCCGCUAGGAAGGCUGGCGCUGAAGUCACAGGCAUCCAGCAAGAGCGGCUUAGGGCUGGACUUAAAAAUGAGGAACCAGAAAGGAGCUGGGGAGGUGGGGCUGUCCAUGCAGGGAGCCAAGACCACCAAGGUUCCUGGCAGCGGCACCGGAGGGGAUCAGAAAUCGGGGUUCACCACCGGAGCCCAAAUGCUGCACAAUGGCAGCAAGACGCCCACAAGCUCCUCUGCGCCUGGGGGGCAGCAAGCAUCCAGCCAGGAGCUGAACCUCCAAGCUUUAAACCUGCAGAGCGUCAAAAACGGGCAGAGUGCAGCAAGUGGGAGCAGCGCGCCUCGCCAUGCCUGCAGCGCUCUGCCCAAAGGCGCCACCGCAGCCGCGGGUUUGGGUCCUGCUGGGUCCAAGGGUGGCGGAACCAAUGCCGGCUUGAACGCUGCCAAUGUGGGAGACGGCAGCAAGAGUGAGAAGCAGGCACGCAGGGCAGGUGCUGGUGACAGGGACGUGGCCAAGGGUGGCACGGCCGGCGGGCAGGAGGGGCACGCGGCCCCCGAGAGCCGCAAAGCAGCCGCCCUGUCCGAAAUGAGUACAGGCGACGAGAGCAGCUCGGACUCGGAUCGGGAUUCGGCUUCCUUUCCCAGCGUGGGUCAGAACAUGUCUGUCUCCAUCCAGACCAGCCAGGACUGGAAGCCCACCCGCAGCCUGAUCGAGCACGUCUUCGUCACGGAUGUCACCGCAAACCUGAUCACAGUGACGGUCAAGGAAUCCCCCACCAGCGUUGGGUUCUUCAAUGUCCGGCAAUACUGAGCCGGGGAGCCGGAGAGCAGGGAGACGUCCUUCAGCUUCCCUCACCCUUGCCCAGCUCUCCCACCAGGUUUUCAUUUCUUUAGGUACUGCCCCACGGCAGGGACUCACGCGAUGACCUCCUGCCAUCAGCCCCGUGCCCCUCCACUGCAGGCAGUGCCAGCUUGGACCUGCAGCCCCUCACACCCCCAGGACCCACUGGGAGCUGAUGCAGAGGGUCGGGAAAGGUGGUGAAGCCUGCACAGAAAUGCCAGCAGAUGAAGUGGGCCCUCCCUGCCUCCUCCGUCCAUCCGAGCCAGUGCCACUGGCCAGGAGCAAAGGCACUGGGAGGUGACAGCUGGCAAGUUCUGAGCCAGGCUUCGCUACAUGAAGUUCACUUGCUUUAUGGCUUGAGAUGCCAGUGUGCGGCACGGGGCUCUGGCAGCAGGGAGAGGGGCAGAGGGGAGGUGCCAGGCUUACGCUUGGGAGAGAAGAGGGCAGCUCUCCUUUUUCUGUGUGCCCCAAGCUACCAGAGCAGCCAUGAUCCAAACGAGAGAGCUCCCAGCACCUCAGGGCUGCAGGGGCUGCAGGAUGGGGGUUUUUCAGGGUACGGGAAGCCCAGCCACCCCCCUGGGCCAGGUCAGUUCCAGUGACAGUGAAGGCCGCGACAUCUCUGUUGUGGUUUCUAGCGGAGAAGGAAAAACUGUUUACAUUUCUUCUUAAGGGAAAAUCUUUUCUUUAGAGGGAGGGGCACAAACGAAAUGCAGAUGAACAGACAUCAGGUCUGGCUGGUGCACUGCACAGCCCCCCAAACCACUCCUUGUCCUGGCACCACGUGCUCAGCAGCUCGCAGGGACCGAGCUGGGCAGUGCCCAUCAGCCCUGUGUUUCCCAGGCUGUGAGGUGCCCACACUGCCUGGCACAGGAAGGGCAGCAGGGGAGCUGGUGGCAUCCCACGGCCACCUCCAAUCCUGUGCCAGCCCCUUGGGCUUGUAAUCACAACCAAUAAUGGCUUUCCUAGUGAGUGAGGUCUUUUUCCCUGCUAUAGAUUAUUGUUACGAGCCAAAAUUAACAGCAGUAGUUCAGGCAGAGUUUAAUAGCGUUUGGGGUCAUUUUCGUUCUAUUAAUGCCAAACUCCUGCUCUGGAGAUGGCACAAAGCCUGCAGCCUGCCAGGUCUGUGGGUACGCCCAUGGGAAAUGCUUCUGAGGCUCCGCUGUGCUCGCAGAGCUGGCAUCUGGCAUUGCUGCAGAUGGCACUGCAAGGAGAUGCCAGCACCUGUAUCCCUGUAACACCUGGGGCUCCCUGCCCCACUCACCAAAUGUUUGCUAGUUGGCCUUUGCAAAUCCAAACUGAACGACCAUGUGCCUUUUUGCAACCGUCCUUACUUCUGUGUCUGUGACACCACUCCUGCAACAGGUUUGUGCCUAUGCAAAGCUGGGUGGUGCCAGGGUCCUGGGGACAGCUGUGACACCAGUGGGGGACACCCGGUCGAGCCGUGACGCCGUGUCAUGGCUGCUCACAGGGGGAAGCCCAUGGGGAUGCUCCUACCUGGGGCAUGGGGCUGCCGUCCCCACCGUCCCCGUGUCCCCUCGGUGGCAGCAGGUCUCUGCCAUCCCUGCUUUUGCUCUUGUGCCUUUCUGCUCACCAGCCGGUUCAAUUCCAAAGGUGUAAGGACGGUGAAAAUUAUCAUCUAGAGUUUUGUCUUCAUCCCAUCCCACCCCCUGUUGCCAUUUCUCUCCUGACCUCACGUGUGUCUGAGCAGAAGGUCCGUGCUGGAGGCUGCUUCCCAUGGGGGGUCUCGUGGGACCAAGCGCAGCUUUGGUGGACGGAGCCACGUUCACCACUCAGUGCCAUUAGUAUUCAAGGUCUACCUUCCUAUUUUUUAUUUGGAGUUUGCUGCUAUGGGUUUGAGUGUUCAGUUGUACGUCAAACAAGCAAUUAAAGGUUUGUCACUUGGCAUUUCUUAAGGGCUUUCCGACGUGGAAAGUCCUGCAGUAUUUGUAUAUUGAAUGGAUAUUUUCUCCGGGCAUAAUCUGGUUAAGGAUGCUUGUUGUUUUCCAUUGGACUGGAAGGAGAGGCCGACGCAGCCGCCGUCCUUAGAAGCUUAGUAUAUUUUUAUAUAUAUAUUUUGUACCAAAAAAUAAAUGGAGUUGGCGGAGGGUUGGGGAUGCUUUUGGAGGAUUCCAUCUGCUCUGAACUCUGAUCUGAGCACGAAGGGCUCCGGAGGUGGAGAGAAGGGUUUUACUGAGAGAAGCUGAGGGAUGGGUGAAAACAAACUGUUGUUGUAACUCACGAUUUGUAUGUUUUAAUUAAAGAGAGAGCCAAAUCA